AUGCGUUUGAACGUUCCUUCUCCUCUUUCUCCUCCUUCUCUGAUUUCUUCUCUUUCUCCUCUUUCUACUCCUUCUCAUCUUUCUCCUCCUUCUACUCUUUCUCCACCUUCUCCUCUUUCUCUUCCUUCUCCUCUUUCUCCUCUUUCUCCACUCUCUUUGCCUUCGAAAAUGGAUUUCAAUCCAUUCCAAGACUCUGCAAAAUUUGUUGAACUACUAAAUAGUCAACAAAAGGUAGUCUUUGGCAGUCAAGGCAGUGCUUCUCGGUCAUCAUCGCAAGUUCCUUUCUUCAGUCAAGGUACAGAGGAAGGUCGCGAUCUUCCAGCAGAGCGUAAGGAGCGAAGAGCGUGGACUCCAACAGAUGAUAUAGUGCUUAUUAGCUCGUGGUUGAACACGAGCAAGGAUCUAGUUGUUGGGAAUGAGCAGAAUGAAAAAAGAGGGGGUCCUCAAUGCAAGCAACGCUGGCACAAGCUGAAUGAAGCAGUUUGCAAGUUUUGUGGGGCGUAUGAAGCAGCCACAAGAGAGAAAAGCAGUGGUAUGAACGAGAAUGACAUUGUAAAAUUAGCUCACGAAAUCUUUUUUAACAACUAUAAAAAGAAGUUCACUCUAGAACACGCGUGGAAGGAGCUCCGCCAUGACCAGAAGUGGUGUGAGGUCGCUGCAGCUAAAAAUGAAAGCACCUCCAAAAGAAGGAAGUUCGAGGAUGGAAGUCAAUCAGCCAGCUCUCAAGUCCCUGAAAACCCUGCUGCUGUGGAUGGAACAUCUCGUCCCUCGGGUGUUAAGGCUUCAAAAGCUCGUGGGAAGAACCCACAGGCUGAGGAGAAACGGCUGUCUGACUUCCAGAGUAUGUGGAGCAUCAAGCAGAAUGACUUGGCAAUGAAGGAAAGACUCUCCAAGCUGAGGAUACUUGAGAAUCUUCUUGCAAAAGACCCACCACUAGCUGAUUAUGAAGAAGUGAUUAUGAAGAAGCUGAUAAAUGAGUUGAUGAGUACUACUUGUCAUGUCAAGGUCAAGAAGAUCGAACUUGAACUUGUGAAGGAGUACUUCUUUGUCUCUACGUUUUAA